AUGUCCAACUUCGUGCCGCCCUCACAACACCGUUCGCUGCGCGCCUGCAUGGUCUGCAGCAUCGUCUCCCCAGGCUCGCGCUUCCGUCGCGAGGGAUGUCCCAACUGCGAAGAGUUUCUCGAGCUGUCCGGCCACGACGACGCCAUCCAGGAAUGCACCAGCCAGGUCUUCGAGGGCCUCAUCACUCUGACCGAUCCCACCUCCAGCUGGGUCGCCAGGUGGCAGCGACUGGACAGCUAUGUUCCUGGCAUCUACGCCGUCAAGGUUACUGGCAUUGUAAGGAUCCCACUGCAGAUACAUGAACUUGCUAAUACUCACGCUAUUGUACAGCUGCCCGAAGAGAUCAUCUCUACCGUCGAAGCUGCUGGUGUCAAGUACAUCCCGUGA